CAUCUUUCAUCCACCCCAUGGCCAACCCUCACGCAGCAGAAGCUCCAACGGCACAUGGAGUACUGUAUCAAGAAUAGAGUCCCGGGCCGUACAUGCGAUCAAAGUCCGUGGGGUAAGAUCGGCUUGACACAAAAUCCGUUCUCACUUUAUCUUUUCAUACGCUGAAAAGCCUCUCGGACGUCUUCAUCAUGCGACUUGUAAAAGAUUCGGAAGACUUUCUUAUUGACAACCGGCGAUUCAUGUGUAGGAUCGACCUGAAACAAAGCUUUAAACUCAUUUCCCGGUCGGCAUUUCAAAUUUCGCUGUAUACAAAAUUUUUGGGAUUUUUCCAUGCGAGCGCUCGGCGGACGCCCGGUCCAGUUCUUGGUCCAGUACUAUACCUUACGUAGGAUAUAAACGGGAGGUCUGUUUGAUAAGCUUCCUCCAUCCUCCUUCCCCCUUCACAAUUCGUGAUGGACCCCUCCAAAGAAAAGUCAGGCCAGACGAGCACCAAAGCCGUCCCGGCUUUCUAUGAUCCCAGUCAAGAGAGUAUAUGGACUCGACUGGGACUCAACUGGGAGAGUUUCAAGCGUGCACCAGGUGUUACUGGUGGACAAGUCGUCGCUGGAGGACACAAUGUUGGUGAACUCGAGGAUAUCCAGGCUGAUAUGCCGAUGCUGCAACCCAAAAUGAAAAAGCGACAUUUAAACAUGAUCGCCGUUGGCGGAAGUAUCGGUACCGGUCUUUUCGUUGCUUCUGGUGCAGCUCUACACAACGGUGGUCCCGCUGGAGUCAUCAUCUCAUACAUCAUCAUCGGCGCCAUGUUGGUCAAUGUCACUCAAGCUCUCGGUGAAAUGGCCAUCCUGUAUCCCGUCUCCGGUGGUUUUUACACCCUUGCCGAUCGGUUCCUUGAUCCUUCAUUUGCGUUCGCCAUGGGUUGGAACUACUGUUUCCAAUGGUUUGCUGCUCUGCCUCUGGAAAUCACCGUUGCCGGGACCACGGUACAAUACUGGACCGACAAAGUUCCCAUCGCGGCUUGGAUUACAGUAUUUUGGGCUGUCAUCAUCAUCAUUUCUAUCUUUGGAACACUUGGUUACGCAGAAGAGGAAUUCUGGUCAUCAUGUUUAAAACUUUUGGUGGUGGUCAUGUUCAUAUUCCUUGGAAUAAUAUGUAUUUGUGGUGGCGGUCCACAGAGCGGAGAGUUUGGUUCUUAUGUGGGCGGCAAGUAUUGGCACGAUCCGGGAGCAUUUGCGAAUGGCUUCAAGGGCGUAUGCGCUGUUUUUGUGACUGCUGCGUUUUCAUUCUCUGGAACAGAGCUCGUUGGUCUCGCUGCCUCGGAGACCGCCGAUCCGAGAGGAACUAUGCCUGGUGCCGUCAAGGGAACGUUCUGGCGUGUUACCAUUAUCUACAUAACUUCUCUGACAAUCAUCGGCUUGAUGGUUCCUUGGAAUGACGACCGACUUCUCGGAGGUAGCGGCGCGUCAGCUUCGCCUUUCGUCAUUGCUUUGGACCGGGCUAAUAUUAAUGGGCUCAAUCAUCUUGUUAAUGCUACAAUCUGUGUUUCCGUGCUCUCUAUUGGUCUAUCAAGUAUAUACGGUGCUUCUCGUACCCUAACAGCCUUGGCUGAAAACGGAUACGCUCCUCGUAUUUUCACUUACGUGGACAAGUCGAGUCGACCUUUGGUCUCCGUGUUGAGUGUCCUGGUCUUUGCAUCCAUUGCAUAUGUCAACGUCGCCGCUGCUGGUGACACAGUUUUUACUUGGCUACAAGCUAUUUCGGGCCUUUCGACGCUCUUUACAUGGCUCUCUAUAUGCCUUUGCCACAUAAGGUUUAGACACGCAUGGGUACUCCAGGGACACUCUGUUGAGGAACUACCGUAUCAAGCCAUGGGCGGUGUAUACGGGUCUUGGCUCGGCGUCGUUUUGAUCAUCCUAGUCCUAAUAGCACAAUUUUACGUCGCUCUUUUCCCUGUUGGAGAAGAACUCCACGGCGCUGCCGCUGGCCAAGCCUUCUUCGAGGCAUACCUAGCUGCUCCGGUCUUACUCCUGUUCUAUAUCAUCGGUUACUUGUGGAAACGCGAGCUUCCCAGGCGGGCUAGUGAGAUUGAUCUAGACUCCGGACGCAAAUCGUGGCUUACGGUGGAAGAGAUGAGGGCUUACCGUGCGGAGCGCGCUAAUGCCCCCACCCAUAUAAAACUCUGGCGUAUGCUAUUCUCGAAUUAAGGGUGCUAUAUAUAAAUUGGAAACAUUGUAUAACUGACCCUUUUCCGAUCAACGAAGUCGGAUGGGUGUAUCAUCGAUAGCCGUACUCAUGAUGAGGCUGAGCGCGUGUUACUAUUGUAUAUUCGUAGCAAUGUCUAUAUAAUACACUGGUAGUCAUCUGAAUCAUGACGACCA